CCACUUCAUCUGUAGCAAAAUUUAAAAUAUUCAGAACCACUAUGGCGUCUUCUUUUCUUUUCGUCCUUUUCAAUUUAAUAGUAUUUUCAGCUCGCUUAAUCUCAGAAGCACCAAGAUCACCUAGGAAGCUUCCAGCACUGCCCCACCUACCGCACUACUAAGUGCCCACAGCCACGCCAAAUCGCCAUUGUUUUUCGCUCAUCAAUCCAAUUGUCACCUUCAGCUUGUUCGAUGAAAUGUCCGUGGCCUGUGGGGUGGAGUGCGUGGUGGUCCUCGGCUGCCUGCGCUGGGCCUGGAAGCGCUGCACCUACAUCGGCUCCUACGAUAGCGCCGCCUGGCCCGACGCCACUGCCGACGAGUUCGACCCCAUCCCUCGCGUCUGCCGCGUCAUCCUAGCCGUCUACGAGCCCGACCUCAGCUCCCCUAAGUACGCCCCCGCCGGCGGCUACCGCCUCAAUCCCGACUGGGUGGUCAAGCGCGUCACCUACGAGCAGACGCUCGGCCACGCGCCGCCCUACCUGAUCUACCUCGACCACGACCACCGCGAGAUUGUGCUCGCCAUCCGCGGCCUGAACCUGGCCAAGGAGAGUGAUUACAAGCUGCUGUUGGACAAUAGGCUCGGCAAGCAGAUGUUCGACGGCGGGUACGUGCACCACGGGCUGUUGAAGUCCGCAAUUUGGGUGUUGAAAUCCGAGUCGGGAACUCUGAAGAACCUGUGGGAGGAGAACGGGAGGGAUUACAGGAUGGUGUUCGCUGGGCACUCCCUUGGGUCCGGCGUGGCAGCUUUGAUGAGCGUGAUCGUGGCCAACCAUGGGGAUGAGUUGGGAGGGAUUCCAAGGGGUUUGGUCAGGUGUUACGCAGUGGCCCCUGCCAGGUGUAUGUCGCUCAACUUGGCAGUGAAGUACGCCGACAUUAUAUGCUCUGUUGUUUUGCAGGUAUCACAGUUUUAUGUGGUGAUCAUUUCUUUCUUGUUUCCUAUUCAUCAUUUUCCCAUGUUCUGGACAUUCGUGGCUGCCAUAACACAAGAGGUGACAGUUCAAUCACAGGAUGAUUUCUUGGCCAGAACAGCCACCCCAUUGGAAGACAUUUUCAGAUCUAUCUUCUGUUUACCCUGCCUGCUGUUUCUGGUGUGUCUGAGAGACACCUUCAUACCUGAAGAUAGAAAGCUCAGGGAUCCAAGAAGACUGUAUGCUCCAGGUCGCAUGUACCAUAUAGUGGAAAGAAAAUUUUGCAGAUGUGGUAGGUAUCCUCCAGAAGUUAAAACAGCAAUUCCAGUUGAUGGGAGAUUUGAGCAUAUUGUCCUCUCCUGCAAUGCUACAUCAGAUCAUGCUAUUAUUUGGAUUGAAAGAGAAGCAGAGACGGCCUUGGAAAAUCUAAAGGAGCUUAGUACUAUUACCACGCCUCCAGAAGUACAGAGACUCGAUAGAAAGCAGACUCUAGAAAAGGAGCACAAUGAUGCAUUAGAGAGAGCCGUCACCUUGAAUAUACCUUAUGCUGUAAAGUCUGCUGAGAAAAAUUCCUAUGCUGACACCCAAGAAGGCUCUUCAGGGAUGCAUUCGUCGGGAAAAGAUGGCAGGACCAAUUGGGAUGAAGUGGUUGAGAAGCUUUUCAAGAGAAGUGAAUCUGGUAAGUUGCUUUUAAAAGGAAAUGCAGCCUGAUUAUUUUUUCACUGCAUUAUAUGUAUGGUUUCAUGGAGGAUUGUUUCUUUUGGCAUAUCCACAACUUUUCACCCUUGUAUGAGAGAGCUUAUAUAGAAUUUCCCAUUGUAUUUUUCAGUGGCUCAACUGUAAAUUUCCACAGUGAUUACUAAUUGAAACAAAGAGUAUUUUGAAUAGUUGCAGGAUGUGUUUGUGGUCCACACUAAUGUCUGAUCCCCCAAACAUUUCCGAGAGACAAGAUUGCUCUCCGUUUGAUAUUUUAGGUGCACAAAGCGUAUUGAACAUUUUGGUGCAUCUUCUAUGGGAAUCCAUCGACUAAACUGUUUCUAAAAAGCUGCACUUGAUUCAAUCCUGCAGUAAAGCUAGACAACCCAUAUGACUUAAACAUUAUCAACGUCAGCUGCCCUAGCUAAUACUACUCUCGUCACUUUGUUAACCCCAUUGGAGUGGGUUCAGUUCCACCGUACCUUUAGGGCUCGU